CGGUACUGGUAAUCCCAGUCAGUCCCCAAUCUAGGUCGUGUCUAGGCUAGGGUAGACGAUGAAUGGUUUAGGAAAAACUGUUCAGGGCUUUUGGCAGUUGGUACCGUAUACAUCGCGGCUGUGCAACACAUGAACUGGUGGUGGUACAGCUUCAGCGUUGGGGGAGACAGACAUAGCCAGACCUUUGAAGCGUUGGCCAUAGCUGGGACCUACGCUGUCUUUGACAGCACGCGGGGCUGCACUUCUGCCUGUCCAGAUGGAGUGUUUUUUUGCCGCAAUAAGGGACACACCCCGAAGAAUAUAUCUUCGACUUUUGUGAAUGAUGGGAUCUGUGAUUGCUGUGACGGGAGCGACGAAUGGGAUGGGAGAGCGACCUGCGGCAAUGAUUGCAAGGACCUCGGAUUGGAAUCGCGAAACCAACUCGCGCAGGAGGUGACGAGGCAAAAGGAGGGGCUGAAUCUGAGGAGAAAGUAUGUGGAGAAAGGACAGCAGCUUAUCCAGGGCUGGAAAGCGGAGCGCAACAAGUUGGCCGAAGAGAAGAAGACAGUUGAGCGGAAUGUGACGAGGCUGAGAGAGCUGAAGGAAGCGGUGGAGAAAGCGGAGAGCGAAGAGAAGGAGCGAGAGGAGCGUGAGCGCAAAGCAAGUGAAGAAGCAGAGAAGAAAGAGGCAGAAACACAACAGGGUGCAGUGGAUCAGGCGUCAGAGGAGGUAGUAACAUCAUCUAGUAUUCCUUCACAGACUUGUGGCGACUCUCUCUCUGGUGAUAGCUGCAAGGGUAAUACGCCUGAGGGUGCAGAGCAAAGCACAGAUGGGUUGGCGUCAUCGACAAGCUAUGCUUCCGAUCAUCAAGGUGAAAAUGCUGGAAGUAGAGAAGGCGACGAACAAAUGGUCGCGCCACAGGAGGGCGGCAAGGAGCAGAGAACGCUAACCGAAGAGCGACCUGGCGAGGAGGUGGAAGCGAAGUCACUCCGCGAUGCGACGGAGGAGGAAAUGGCGGCGCUUUCGAACGAAGAGAUUGGCAGGCUGAUUGCCUCUCGCUGGACAGGAGAGAGGGUAACUCCCGGGGAGAAGCAAGAGAAGAAAGAGCAGUCGGUAUCGGAAGAAACAUUAAUGGCUAAACAGGAGGAGCAGGAGGCUGCUGCCGGGGACGAGAAGGCGGUUCCAUCGGCUUCUGGCGAGGAGGACGAAGAGGUUGGUGAGCAGGAUGAAGAAGACGUUGCGGAGCGGGACGACGAAAUUGCUGAGCCAGAGGAAGUGGUCGGUGAGCAUGAUUCUGGGCUAGCUGCUGCAGCUGUGGAAGAGGAGGAGCGCCGGGACGAUGCCGCAGAGAAGGAUGUGGGAUAUCGAUUGGAAGAUGAGGAUGCUGUUCCGGCGGAUGCCAAUGAGUAUGCACAUGAUGACGGAGCCGAAGAUUCUUAUUAUCAUGAAGGCAGCGACGACGAGGACGGCUAUUACAAACAACAAGAAGCAGAGAAAGAAGAAGAAACCGGCGAAGUAGAGGUUGAUAGUCAAGCACAUUCAGAAGACACAGAGGAUUCUGCCGAGAAGCCGAAGGAGUCGUGGUGGUCCCGCGUAAUGGAACUUCCUCGGGGCCUUCGCAGCAAAGUGGACCGUCUUUUCAAGCGAGUAGAACCUGUUCCCAUCUCAGAAGCUGGACGAAUUCGCUCAGAGUACUCCAAGGCCCACAGCAGAUCGACUGAACUGUCGAGGAGAAUCAGCGUAUUGGAAGAGAACUUGGAGAGGGAUUACGGGCCGGAUGGCGCAUUUGCAGUGCUGCAGGGUCAAUGCUUUGAGUUGACAGAGAAGCAGUACGUAUACAAGAUCUGUCCUUAUGGAUCUGCGACCCAGAACGAGGGGCACUCUUCUACAUCCCUCGGGUCAUGGGGCGGAUGGAAGGACAACUAUUCGAAAAUGGUUUUCGAGAAUGGACAGCAGUGUUGGAAUGGCCCACAAAGGAGUUUGAAGACCCGUACUGGGCUAGAGACUAACCCCUAUAGCAAGGAGCAGCAAGAAAAGAUGGCCGCCUUAGUCAGAGAGAACAAGGAGAGAAAAGAGCGCGAGAAGCAGGCGAAGCUAAAGGCUAUCGCAGACGAGCAGGCGGCGAAGAUGAAGAGGUUGGAGGAGGAGAUGAAGAGGGUACAACAGGAGGAGGAAGAAAGAAGGAAGGUUGCUGAAGCGGAAGCGGUAGCAGAAGAAGAGAAAGAGAGAAUGAGAAUUGAGAGUGGAGAAGGGAGUAGUGGUGGCACGAUGAAGUGGGAGACAGAUACUGAGUUGGAGAAGACGAUCAGCGAGUGGGUCGCUAAUUUAUCGUUGGGGGAAGACGAGGAGGCGGAGUCAUAUGUGACUAAGGAUGAGACGGCUGCGCUGGCCGCUGAGCUAGCAGCCAUGACGGACCCGAUGGAACGAAGAGAGAGGGAAGACGAGCAAAAGUUAGCAUGGAAGUUGAGAAUGAAGAGGGAGAAGAAGAGGAGGAGAGAGGAAGUGAAUAAGAUGACCGCAGCAGUGGCAAAGGUGCAGGAGUGUAGAGCGGAGGUGCUGGCCCAGCCAGAUGACAAGGCCAAGUGGGACAAAGUACUGGGCUAUCUAGAGGUGUUGAGCAAGGCCUGGAUGGAGGAGCGCCAGGCAAGCUGGAGCCAGGAUGUAGCGUUGAGUGCCAUGCGAUCCGGGUUCAGGGAUUUUGCGCACGAAAUCGUCACCCACAUUGGGGGCGAAGUCAAACAGUUGAGGGACAAUGUAGGGAAGUUUUGUGAGGGCGCCAUUCAGGGUGCCAAAGCUGCGGCCGCGGUAGAAGGAGAGGCCAGACCCCGUAAGGACCCAAUGAAACUUAAGUUCCGAGACGCGUACGGGGGAAAAAAGGACGAGAACUUUGACAACUGGGAGGCCAGUGUCAAUAGUUACAUUUAUUUACAGCAUAUCCAGAUAGAGGAGCAAGUCCUCGUGGCCUUUCAGGCCCUGAAGGACGAAGCGGCUAGCUUCGCCAGGUCUCUCGCGCGUACAGCCGGUUGUGAAAACAAUCUGGUUGCAUAUUCCAAAGCCACUCCUCUUUCCCAAUUCCUCAAGCUCCUCAAGGAGCGGUUCGCUGACCCAACGCGAGGCAUUAGAGCCUGUGAUAAGCUCCAAACGAUCCACUCCCGGCAGUGGAGGAGUGCCAAGGCACUCAAGGGUACCAUGGACGACUUGGUAGCCAUCCCGGACCACGGGGUCAUUGAGCCCCAGUUGGUCCAGUUGUUUUAUCGUGCCAUUCCAGAGGCCCUACGCGGGCAUUUCUGUGACAAAUCUCAGCAGGCCGGCAUGACUUACGAUGCAUUGAGUAGAGAAGUCGUCCUGUAUGAGUCGAAGUCUAUGCCAGUUACCACUUUCUGGCAUAAGGACCUGGAGAAGGGGAAGAAGUGGAAAGAUCGUACCAUCUCGGGCGAACUCAAGGCCAAGGAUCACUUGAUCCUGACAUUAGAGGAGGGUGGUACAGAAGAGGUCCCAUAUGAUCAAAUUGAGUAUUUAGCAGAGUUCUCUUCUCCGUUGAGCUGUGGCGAGGGUCAACUGAAGGAGAUAGAGAUGAUGCUAAAAGAACUGAGCGAUGACGACUCUCCCACAGAUACGAUAGCGCAUGAUGAGUUUUGAACUUUUCAGUUUUUUUUUUUUGUUUGUUUUUUAAUUUUUUGGUACCUUUAAGGUUUAAACCCAAAUCUCUUUGUUCAGCUCCGUAUUUUACUAUUUUCAGGCUUUUGGCUAUUGCUACAAAUCCUUUUUUUUUCUUUUUUUUUUUUUUAAACAAAGAACUCAACUCGAAAUCCAUUUAAUUCACAUCCGAUCCUUCUUCAUAUUAAUCUUCCUGCUUGUUGCCACGAGUCACGACGACUCGUUUCUGUUCCACCAAUCGAGCAGUGCAACCCUUCAUUGAGUGACAUCCCAAAACUCAUUCGCGUUUUCCGUUGAUUUGGACGUGUUUCCGUUCGUGUUUCUUUUCUUUUUUUUUGCUGAAGAUUUUUACUAUUUUAGGCAUGUUUUGGUUGGUUGUGGAGUUUUCGGGAUGUGGAGAUAAG